UGCGACCCUCUCAGCAUUCAAGGCCAGAGUGUGAGGGGAUUGGGCUAUUGUGAGCCUCUCUGUGUGUUGUCUAGAGAGGGGGGGAGCAAGAAAGAAGAGAAAAGAGAGCAGCAGUAGCCUUCAACUCGAGUUAUUUGCUGAGGCUUGAAUUCAGAGUGCAAGAAGAGGCUACAGAGCAUUCAUCAAGUGGCCGAACAGUGAAAGGUAGCCAGAGCUGUCAUGGCUGUGUCCCAGGACAGGAGUGCGUGUCUGAGGCUGGUGGUGCUUCUUUUGCUUGGUGUCGGCAUGGAGGAAGUUGUGGAGGGAUGUAGCUGCAACCCAGCACACCCACAGCAGCUCUUCUGCAGUGCUGAGAUUGUGAUAAGGGCAAAGAUCUCCGGAGAGAAGAUUGUGUCGCCUAGCAACAGCUCCUCACCUUACAUGAAGAUGAUCCAGUAUGAAAUCAAAAUGAUCAAGAUGUUUAAAGGUUUUGAUAGAGCCAAGGACAUCCAGUAUGUGUACACCCCCGUCUUCUCCUCACUCUGUGGAGUAAAACUCGACUCCAAUAAUAAAGCAGGGUAUCUGCUCUCAGGAAGCAUGUGGAGCGAUGGACGGAUUUCUAUUGGCCAGUGUGACUUAGUGGAAUCCUGGGACAACUUAUCGCUGUCACAAAAAAAGAACCUUAACUACAGAUACCAGAUGGGUUGUGAAUGCAGGAUCAACACAUGCUACACGGUACCAUGUGUGUCUACAGGUGAGAACGAGUGCCUGUGGACAGACUGGCUGCUUGAUAACAGUCUGAAUGGGGAGCAGGCUCGGCAAUAUGCCUGCAUCCGACGAUCGGACACGAGCUGUAGCUGGUAUCGGGGUGGGCCUCCACCUGAGAAGGACUUCUUGGACAUGACUGACCCGUGAUCUGUAACCCUGACUCCUGAAAUCUCUUAAGAAAAUCCCAACCCUGCUUCUGGCAUAUUUAGCAUGCAGAGUAGCAACUAAAAUGAGUUAAAAGUUAUCACAUAUUCAGACCUACUGGAGUAAAAGCUGCCUUUAAGCUACUGAUUCCAAAUUACCGGCAGCGAUCCAGCAACAGGAAAAUUACUAUUUUUGACUCAUUUCACAAAUUC